AUCUCCUCGAGAGAUGCCAUUAAAGUGCAAACUACAUACAAACAGAAAGCAGCUACAAGAAGUUAGCUAGCUAGAUAAACAGAAAGCAGCAAUAACAGUUAGCUAGCUAACUUAGAUAACGUUAGCUAAAUAAAACUGUGUCGCUGAGGUAAAUAAGUACUUAGCAAUGUCAAUAUAAAAUCAAUCUAAAAACAGCUUAAAUAAUUUAUUCCUAUUUAACAAUAUUUUCUUAUAUAAAGACAUAUAUGGGAAAGAAAUAGUGUUUUCCUUCCAGUCUUUUGGGCCUCUGAAGCAGCAGGUAGUCAGAAGGUUGUCAGUGUCAAAAACACAGUCUUUGGAGAGCAAUUCUGAGGUAAUAAUUUUACACGGAUUGAGGGAGCACUUCUUGAGUGUUCUUGGGGACCUUCAAUGCUUAAGAAAUGUUUUGGUACCUGGACAAUUCCUUUGACCCAAUGGCUUGGUUUUUGCUCUGACAUGCACUGUCAACUGUGGGACCUUAUAUAGACAGGUGUGUGCCUUUCCAAAUCAUGUAAAUUAAUUGAAUUUACCACAGGUGGACUCCAAUCAAGUUGUAGAAACAGCUCAAGGAUGGUCAAUGAAAACAGGACGCACCUGAGCUCAAUGUCGAGUUUCAUACCAAAGGGUCUGAAUACCUAUGUAAGUAAGGUAUUUCAGUUUUUUUUUUAUAAAUGUGCAAAAAAUUCUAAAACCUGUUUUUUCACUUAUGGUGUAUUGUGUCUAGAUUGAUGAGGAAAACAAUAUUUAAUCCAUUUCAGAACAAGGCUGUAAACGUAACAAAAAGUGAAGGGGUCUGAAUACUUUCCGAAUGCACUGUAUGUUUCCUCGGUUUCUUUGUUCUGUUCUAACCUCAGUUACGCUUGAAGUAAAUGCUUUCAAGGAGAGAGAGAGAGAGAGAGAGAGAGAGAGAGAGAGAGAGGAAAAUAGGACGGUGGAGAAGGAGUUGUGGGCCUCCUAGCAGAGUGACAGCCUUCUCCCCUUCAUCUCUCCUUGAGAAAGCAUUUACUUCAAGUAGAACUGGAGGUAGGACAAGGUGACCCACCUCUGGCCACCACACAAACAUUGUAUUAUUCUUGUGGGGACCAAACAAUUGAUUCCCAUUCAAAAUCAUAGUUUCCCUAACCUAACCCUAAGCCUUAAAUAACAUUUUUCCCUGUGAGAACUGGCAAAAUAUCCCCACUUGUCAGAACUGUACUUGUUUUACUAUCCUUGAGGAUUUCUGAUCCCCACAAGGAUAGUAAAACCACACACACACACAGUCUUGUAUAACUGACCUUCUUGGGACAAACAAUUCAGUCCCAUUCAAAAUUCUAUUUUCCCUAACCCAAAAACCUAACCCUAGAAAUAGCAUUUGACCUUGUGGGGACUAACAAAAUGUCCCCAGUUGGUCAGAUGAGUGUUCCUUUACUAUUCUUAUGGGGACUUCUGGUCCCCACAAGUAUACAUAAAAACGUCCACAUGCACACACCUUAGUCUGUCUGCAGGCUGUAAUAACCAACAGAGUGGAACUCUGUUGCUGAAUUACAAAUCUUGAACCUCCUUCUCUCCCUCACCUUCAGUAGUAUCUGACCCAGAGCAUUACAUAGCCUUAGCUAGGCUCCAUACCAAGGUGGGUUUGGUUCAGACUUCAUUGGUCAGGGUAGCAGCAUGGUGGAGGGUAAGCCGUAUCGGUAUGGUCUGAUCGCGGCGGGGAUGUGUGUGUUGUUAGUCGGUCUGUUCGUUAUGACUCAGGAGCGACCUCACAUCUACGCAACACUCUGCUCUCUGGGGAUCACCAUGAUCACCCUUGGCACCGCGUGGAGCCUCUGCCAGUGCUACCCUAAGGUGGUGUUGAUCUCUCAGAGCCUGGAGGAGAGGGGAGCCAGGGACAGCAUGGAUGCUGCUGCAGGGGAGAAAAACAUCAGUGUUACACUGGCUGGUUUCCAUGAUAACAAGGUCAGCCCUGCCCUGUCUGUCCCUCUGGUCCUCCAGCUCCACUCUUCCCACAGCUGUCCUGUACUACACCUGGCUUGACCUGAAAUAAACAUCUUUUAUGGAUUU